GUAGUCGAGGCUUUGGAUAUCAACCAUCAUUGCGAACGCUAUCACAGGACACUCAACGAGACGUAGUCGACAAGAGACACUUCGUAGCCAGAGACGUGAUGAACCGAUAAGGUACUGUUGUUUUGCGUGUGCGCGGGUGGUACGACAGACUGCGGGACAAUGCGUGACUGAACUGGCCGGACUGCUUAGCGCCAUCGGCUUGGGUAGAGCGGCAAAGCUGCCUCUGCGGACGUGAUGUGCUGAGCUGAGGGGUGCGGCGGCCGAGCGAUGAGCGGAGCGCGUUGUCCGUUCUGGCAGUCCCUGUGGAUAGUCCUGGUCAGCUGGCAGUCGCUGCCCGAGCUCUACUUCUUGGCCACACCGUUCGUGCUGCACGCUGCCGAAGCCGCCGCUCCGGCCAGAUCCGUCAUCAAGAUAGGAGCACUCUUCACCGACGAUCAGCGCUCGUCGGCGAUGGAGCUGGCCUUCAAGUACGCCGUGAUCCGCAUCAACAAGGACCGCAAUCUGCUGCCCAACAUCACGCUCAACUUCGACAUCCAGCACAUACCGAAGGGAAACAGCUUCCGAGCGGCCAAGAUGGCCUGCAGCCUGAUCAGCUCGGGCGUGGCGGCCAUUUUCGGGCCCAACGAUCCGAUGAUCGGCUCGCACAUCCAGUCCCUCUCGGACUCGCUGGACAUCCCACACAUUGAGAGCAGGCUGGACCUCGAGCCCGACGCCAAGGACUGCUCCGUCAACCUGCACCCGGACCCACACAUCACCGGCAAGUCGAUGCGAGACCUGGUCCAGUACCUAAACUGGACGCGCAUCGCUGUCCUCUAUCAGGAUGACAUCUCCCUCAUCAGCCUCCAGGAGCUGGUGCGGCCGUUCCCUCCCAAGAACGUUCAGUACCUGUUCCGAAGGGCGGAGAACUUCACGGCGACCCUGAUGGACAUCAAAAGCCGCGGGAUCUACAGCAUGAUCAUUGACGUGCGACCCGAAAACCUCACCGCUUUCCUCAGAGCGAUUCUGCAAAUCCAGAUGAACGACUACAAAUACCACUACCACUUCGCUACUUACGACAUCGAAGCCUACAACUUAGAAGAUUUCCAAUACAACUUCGUAAACAUCACCGCGUACCGAAUGGUUGACUCGGAAAACCAGACAGUUCGGAACAUACUCCGAGACAUGGAGAAAUUUCAACCGUUCGGCCAGAACAUCCUGAACCGCACCAACGUGAUUAUCACGGAACCCGCCCUCAUGUUCGACGCUGUGUACGCCUUCGCCCACGGGCUCAACGACCUGCAACGAAGCGCCACGCUGCGCCCGGCCAACGUCUCAUGCGAGGACGAGGUCUCGUGGACCGAAGGCACCAGCCUCUUCAACCUCAUCAGCAUGGUAGAUUUUUACGGCCUGACAGGAAAUAUCCGGUUCAACGAAGGAAACCGGACGAGCCUGAAACUAGAUUUGCUCAAGCUUCGCCAGAACUUCUUAGAAAAAGUAGGUGAGUGGUCCACUAGCGAUGGCCUCAACAUCACAAACCACAAUGCCUUCCACGACUUCGGAACCUCCAACAUCACGCUUCGAGUGACUACCAUAGAGUCACGUCCGUACGUGAUGAUGAAGCAGAACAAGAACCUGACGGGUAACGACCGCUUCGACGGCUUCUGUAUCGACCUCCUUCGCACUAUUGCCGACUUGCUGGGCUUCAACUACGAGCUCUACCUGGUGCCCGACAAAAAGUUCGGCGUCGAGAACACCACCACGGGCGAGUGGAACGGCAUGGUGCGGGAGAUCAUCGACAAGAACGCCGAUCUGGCCGUAGCGCCCAUGACCAUCAACUACGCGCGCGAGUCCGUUAUCGAUUUCACCAAGCCCUUCAUGAACCUCGGCAUCGGCAUCCUCUUCAUGCUGCCCUCGGGCAUGCCCGUCAAGCUAUUCUCGUUCAUGAGCCCGCUGGACGUGGACAUCUGGCUGUACGUGCUGGCCGCCUACAUGCUCGUCUCCUUCACCAUGUUCAUCGUAGCGCGGUUCAGCCCCUACGAGUGGCGUACCCCGCAUCCGUGCGUGCGCGACGCCGGCGUCAUGGAGAACCAGUUCAGCCUGGGCAACAGCUUCUGGUUCACCAUCGUAACCCUCAUGCACCAGGGCUGCGACCUCAACCCCAAGGCUACGUCGACGCGCAUCGUGGGAACCAUCUGGUGGUUCUUCACUCUCAUCCUUAUCUCGUCGUACACGGCCAACCUGGCCGCCUUCCUGACCGUCGAGCGCAUGAUCACCCCCAUCGAGAGCGUCGAGGACCUGGCCGAGCAAAGCAAGAUAUCCUACGGAACCCUGGACUCGGGAUCCACCAUGACCUUCUUCAGGGAUUCCAAAAUAGAGACUUAUCAGAAGAUGUGGCGGUUUAUGGAGAACCGUCCAGGAGUGUUUGUCAGCUCCUACGAGGAUGGAGUACAGCGAGUACUGCAGGGCAACUACGCCUUCCUCAUGGAGUCGACUAUGCUCGACUUCAUGGUCCAGCGCGAUUGCAACCUCACGCAAGUUGGUGGACUGCUAGAUUCCAAGGGAUACGGCAUUGCCACCCCCAUGGGCUCACCCUGGCGAGACAAGAUAUCUCUGGCCAUCCUGGACCUCCAGGAGAAAGGCGUCAUCCAGAUGCUGUACAACAAGUGGUGGAAAAGCCCUGGGCUCACUUGCAACCGAGACGACAAGAACAAGGAGGGCAAGGCCAACGCGCUGGGCCUCGCCAACAUUGGCGGCGUCUUCGUAGUGCUCCUCUGCGGGCUCGCCGUCGCCAUCCUCACCGCAAUCAUGGAGUUCUGCAUCAACUCUCGCAAACACGCUCAGACGGACAGGAACUUGCUAUUCUGUUCCACGCAGCAAUCGCUCUGCUCGGAGAUGGCCGAAGAGCUGCGGUUCGCCGUGCGCUGCCGGGCGUCGCGCCAGAGGCCGGCUCUGCGUCGCCAGUGCUCGAAAUGUCUGCCCACCCCGGCCGCCAACACGUACGUGCCGAGCGCCAUGGACCUGCACGCCCAGGAGAACGGCAUCAUGCAGAUGCUCGAGAUGCGCAAAUCGCCUCUGCACUUCGACUGCACCGACUCCUAG